GCACACAACUGGUUGUGGCUUUCACGAGGCAGGCAGGCAGGCAGACACGCCGCGCGCGCUCUCCAUGAGCGUUCCGCUCCGUUCUCGCACCAUUCCGCGUCGCCUCGUCCGCUCGGCUCCGUCGUACACGCGUCGCUCGAUACUCGCUGCCGCCGCUGCCGCCGCUGCCGCCGCCGCCACCGCCGCCGUCGUCGUCGUCGUCGUCGUCGUCGUCUUCGUCGCGACGCGUCGUCGUGACACCCUGGUGACUCCGCGAACGCGCGCUUCUCUCGUCGUGGGAGUGUCCCUCGGCCGGAUAACGCGCGUGCCGCGCGCGUCACGAGCUGUCAAAAAGCGGCCCUCACGGGAGAGCGUGCGUCGUGCGCGUCGUCGCUCCUGAAGGAAACCCGCGCGCGCUCUCUCUCUCUCUCUCUCUCUCUCUCUUUCUUUCUCGAGGCGCGGCGUGUGUCACGUGCAAACGUACGCGCUCGCAGACUUCGCGGGGCUUCCGUUCUGAGUCGCGCGAAAAUAUGAAUCCUGUCGCCGCCAGUGCCGGAGAGUAGCGCGUCCGCUCGGGAGUUGUUGUUGCUGUUGCUGGUUCGUUGCUGCUGUUGCGUCACUGUGCGUCACGUUGCGUGGGCGCAUUUAUAUACACACACACACAUAUAUAGACUGCGAGAGUACACACCGCGCGAGUGGAACGUCACGUGGCGGCCACGAUGCUCUGGAGACUCGCGGCGACGUUGCUGCUCGUCGUCGCGCAGCCGGCAGCGAGUUACUUCAACCUCUUCCUCAGCCAGACGGAGGUCCGCAGGCUAAUGGGACUGCAGGAAGCGGAAUUAUUUUAUGUCAGAGAGGGCGUCAUAAACAAGUAUGCCAUCAAGUUCAUCGUUACCAUACCAGCGCAGGUUCACAAGCUCCACUUCACGUGGGAGAAUCUCUCCGGUAGACCGCUACCGUACACCCUGUCGGUGGACAUCAGCGACCCUACGGCGUUGAGCAGCUCCUUGAACAUCUCUCAGGCCGGCGACAUGCCCAUCAGCGGUCUGCAGACGUGGGCAUUAUCGCUGCACUGUGGGCCUUACGACGCGGAGAUCGACUUCAAUCUCCGUAUAAACGUCUCGUUGUCGAGGAGGAACACCACCAGCCUGCAGUUCAAACGGAAGAAGAUCUGCCUGAAGGAUAAGAGCUAUACCGGGCCGGAGGAGGUCCUGGUCGCCGCUUCUGGCACCACUUCCGGCGGUCAGGUGUUUUACGCGGCCAUCGGCUGCGCCUGCGCAUUUAUGGCGGCUAUUUUCGUCCUGGUGAUAGUCUACUAUGUGCGCGACAAGAAGGCCAGGAGGCACCGAGAUCCGCUUCAGGAGUCCAGAGGCCUUAGCUCGGCGUGCAGCGUGGAGAGGGGCACCGGAGUGGGACCUGCGCAAACCUUUCUGUCGCCGGAAACACCUCCACCUGCGUCCGCUACGUCAGGAUCGUCCUACAGAAGGCUGGACGACCGUCCGAGCAGAGAACUGCACGAAAGGAUCCAGGAAAUCACGGUGCAAAGAUGCAGGGUACGUCUUCUCAGUAUCGAAAUGGAGGGGACAUUCGGGCGCGUGUACCGAGGUAGUUACCACGAAGAGGGUGCUUCAAGCUCGAGGGACGUCCUGGUGAAAACUGCUGCCGAGCACGCAUCCCAAUCGCAAGUGGCACUUCUGCUACGAGAAGGUUUAGUCCUCUACGGGCUCAGUCAUCCGGCGUUGCUUCCGGUCCUCGGCGUCUCUAUCGAGGACAGAAGCGCGCCUUUCCUGCUGUAUCCGCACACAGGAUACAGAAACAUGAAGAGAUUCCUGCUGAGGUGCAAGUUAAGUAGCGAAGGACUUCCGAGAGCCCUGACGACGCAAGAAGUCGUCGAAAUGGCGCUACAAGCCGCCAAAGGCGUGCAGUAUCUUCACAGGAAGAGACUCGUUCACAGGGACCUGGCUGCUAGAAAUUGCGUCGUUGACGACGACUUGAGAGUACAGAUCACGGAUAAUGCAUUGGCCAGAGAUCUGUUCCCACAAGAUUAUCACUGCCUCGGCGAUAAUGAGAAUCGUCCUAUCAAGUGGCUCGCGAUCGAAAGCUUGCUCAGCAAGACCUUCACCACAGCCUCCGACGUGUGGGCAUUUGGUGUUUUAUUGUGGGAGCUGACGACACUGGCGCAACAGCCAUACGUAGAAGUGGAUCCGUUCGAGAUGGCGUCCUACCUCAGGGAUGGCUACAGGCUGGCACAACCGAUUAAUUGUCCGGACGAGUUGUUCGCCGUGAUGGCGUAUUGCUGGGCCAUGUCAGCGGAGGAGAGGCCGACUUUUAGUCAAUUGAUCAUCUGCUUGCAAGAUUUCCACACUCAGUUGACGCGAUACGUUUAACGUGUGGAUCGGACGUGUUGUAAGAUAGAACCGGAGAAAGAGAGAGAGAGAGAGAGAGAGAGAGAGUUUCGCUCCAGUGCGAGGCCUCCCCCUCUAUCGAACUCUUGAACAUAUCGAAACUCGCAUCGGCGAAGUAGUAUCGGGACACCAAUAGAGAAGCUUGUACAUAUAAACGUAGUACUUAAGUGCUUGCACAACUUGAGCGUUUCAGCAAGAGUCGUGUAUAGGUAACCGAUAUUCUGAUGUAACAUACACAUACAUAGAUCCCUUUCCUCUCCAAGUCGUUUGACCAAGCGGUCCGCCUGAAGGAGCGACCGCCGGUCAGGAAGAAGUUCAGAAUAGAAAUCCGUUCGCGCGACGCGAUCCGUAUAAAGGCAUUAGAAAUAUCUGAGUCUUAUAAAAUCGUAAUAUCAGUAAUAUGAAUACGUAUAAAGUAAAUAGAACGGGGUGGAAAUUGGCGAGUGAAAUCUUUUAGUUGAGGCAUCUCUGCUGCAAUUUGCAAUUCCGAAUGUCAGGUAACAAUUGGCUCGGAGGACGCGUUUUCGCGUUAGCGAAACGUUCUGUGCAGCCAACGAGCGCAACGUAUAAAGGUAUGCAGAGAGAAAGAGAGAGAGAGAGAGAGGUGUAUCUUUCGCGUGAAUUAUUUAUUGCGGAAAGCAUAAAGCAUUAAGACUGAAUUCUGAAGCUGCCGUUGCCACCAUUCGUCGUUCGAUGUGAUUGAUGUCGUCGUUGUAUCCCGCGAAGGCGGACGAAACGUACGUUAUCGCGUUAUCGCUCACUGCCAAUUCCGUUUACGGUAAACCGACACCGAGCCGGUGAGACGAAACGGGGAUGAAUUUCGUUCGGCGAAUCUGAGCCAUGUGAUACGCGCUUUGCUUGCCACGUGAGUGUGUCUCGAGUGUGCCAAUAUCUUCUCUGUAUUUUUGUACAUAUCUCUGUAGUGUGCAUAUACGCGUUGUCUGUGAGUAUACGAGUCGACACAGCCCUGAAAAGGGCGGACGUACUGACUAUCGUCCGGAAAAGUCGAAAAUCUCAAAGUCCGGUGACUGGGACAAUUUCUCGAAGAGUUUGACUCGUGUAAUCACCUUCCAGCGAGUCGUCCGACUUACGAAAUUCUGAUAGACUCCUUUUCGGAACGAUGCAUGCCCACCAAAGGAGCGCGUGUAAAUAACGAAGCUGCGAGCCUGAGAGACUACAAAUGUACAAAUCGCAGACUCCACAAGCGCAAUAAAUUUCUAUCUACGGUACUACACGAGAGAGAAAGAGAGAGAGAGAGAGAGAGAGAGAAAGGAUGUUUUCACUCGGAUCCUCAUCCCCCGCAGAAACUAACAAUGACUCUGGAAAAACAGCUGUAAAGAUCGUUCCUUCCGAAAGGAAGGUCGGAUUUAACAUCGCCAGCCGGUUAUUUCUGGACGACGGACCUGCCCUCGCGACGAGCCAGGAAGGGUGCGAGCGCGCCGCGAGAGAAGAGUUUCUGUUUUCUCGGAAACCGUUCGUCAAAGCCAUAUGUUACAUUCUAAACGAGUCCUGUAAUUCGUAUGACAGCCAUGCAAGUGUCGCGUGAGAAAACUAACGUCGUUUCCGUAACGUCUUGUUUAGAGUGACGAGCGUGGUGAAGUCGUCCCGUGAGAUCUCCUUCACUUCCGGGUACACACUCUUGACGUUUUCCUGAAAUCUGCAUAGAUAAUGACGGAGAGUGUGCGUUGUGAAAAUAUAAUACGAAUUAAACCCGAUGAUGCGCAAGUUGUCAGUCAAUUUUUCUAUCGAAUCCUCCUUUGAACGCGCAAAAUGCCCGAAUGAACGAGGAAAAAUUGUUAUUUCGUGCGGAUAUUUACGACAGGAAGAGAAUUUCAUGCUGUUUUAUAGGUACAUUCAUCACCUCGCGAGCGAUGCAAAUGGCACGCUCGAACGGCUAAUUGCGUUCGCAGUAUUUUCAAGGUAUCAUUCAUAAACGUCCAGGAAAUAAUCCCACAUUUCACUCGCAAAUUCGAUAUUUCUUAAUCACCAGGAUGCUAACAAGUCAGCCGUACCAGUGUUUAUUACACAUUCUUUUUUACGGCAGCUUUUAUCGUCUCGAUGAACUCUCUACGAGCCCCGCUCUCGCCGAGCGCGUAUCUCAUGAACAACGCAUUGCCGUGCGUUAUCAACGGCCGACACGCCUGUAGAGGUGAGUUAUUUUAAAAUCCCCCUUAUUUGUUCGCCGACUAUUUCAUCCGGAGAUCUCUCGUUGUUUAUAUUGACAUUGUUGCGCGCAACGCGACGAAUAAAACGAACGCGCUCCGCGGGAGCAGGAUAACGACCUUGCGCCGUCGGCAACAUUAAUUUGCAGCAUAUUUACACUGUCAGGAUACGUCUCGGCGCGCAUGUACCUUCGGUGAUUCCCCAAUAAUGCGAAUCCGAUUAGGCACGCUACAUUAAGCACUUGGUUUUCUACGCUCCAUCAGCGGUGAAUGCGCCUGCAUCGCGAGAUCGGUCGGGGGUGCGCCUGGGAAGCCGGAAACCCCGGGAUACACACACGAGCGUGGAAAAAAAUAUAACAAAAGAAAAGGAAAAGAUUCAUGCAGGGCAUUUCUCGAGUAGUGCCCGAUAUUUCAGAACGUGGCUUUUGAAAUUAUUCUAUGGUCGUUUUAUUUCUUCGGAUUAGUGAAGAAAGCCCGGGAUAUUACUUUUCUAUUUCAUUUACAACCGCU